CUCCAUAUUGAUAGACGACGAGGGGGAAGUGAAAAAGGAAAGUAAUCCCUGAACCCACGCUUUUGCCAAUGUGGCUUAGGUAAAGAGAAAUGGGUAGAGAGAUAGGCAUAUGGGUACUUAUCUUUCUAUGGUAAUACAUUCCUAUACAGAAAUGUGAUUGAUAACGCCCACGAACGCCUGAUCAUGGGGGCGAGUUCGUUACCACGUUAUCAAUGUUCGAGGAAGGGCUCGGCUUUUAAUAUGCAAUUCGUAAGAAAGGUGGUGACUUGGGGGAUCGCGUCGACAAAAUAGGUAAUUCGACACCGUGGGAACCCUUGAAAUGCUACGACUCGAAUUAUGAGAUCGCAAGACGUACCUCCACAUGUUUCAUAUUUAUUUCCUAUAUUGACCGAUCGCGUCCUUUAUGAAUCUCCUAAACCUCCAAUAAUUAUAAAAGAUUGUUCGCAUAUCACCGAAUAUUGUGCUUAGAUUACCUACCUAGCCACCAUGGGAUCUUUGGGCCAACCUAGGGCCGAGUACGACGUUUUGAUCAUCGGCGCCGGAUUCUCCGGUAUCUGCGCCCUCCACCACAUCCGGGAACGCUUCCCAUCUUGGCGAGUCAAGGUCCUCGAGGCCAGCUCGGGCGUGGGCGGCACCUGGUGGGCCAACCGAUAUCCGGGCGCUCGAGUUGACACGGAGUCUCUGACCUAUCAGUUCUCCUGGGAUAAGGAACUCUUGCAAGAGUGGUAUUGGAAGGAGACUUUUUCGACGCAACCUGACGUGCUGAGAUAUCUCGAGCGCGUGUGCGAGAAGCAUGAUCUCUACAAGGACAUCCAGCUCGAUACCAGGAUCAAGUCCGCGGAAUGGCUCGACGGAUCUAGUUCUUGGCUCUUCGCCGACAGCCUCGGAUCCGAAUAUCGGGCACGGUUCUUUGUCAGCUGCAUGGGCUUCCUCUCCCAGGCCACCCUUCCGGCGAUUCCGGGCAUUGAGGACUUCCAAGGUCGGGCGUUUCACACUUCGGCGUGGCCAAGAGACCUCGACGUUGAACGAGAUUUUGCUGGAAAGAAAGUUGGCGUGAUCGGAACGGGCGCGACCGGGAUACAGACCAUCACGGCUAUAGCUAAAGCGUCUAACUUCGAUUCUUUGACUGUCUUCCAACGGACCGCGAAUUGGUCGGCUCCCCUCCGAAACACGGAGAUUUCCCCGGAGCAGAUGAAGAAGCACGCCCAGGAAUACGACUCUAUUUUCGGCCAGUGCGCGAAAACAUCUUCGGGGUUCUUGUAUCAGGCCGACCCUCGAAGAUCAUGCGACGUGACCCCGGAAGAACGCCUCGCGCUAUGGGAGAAGCUAUACAACGAGCAGGGGUUUGGCAAAUGGCUGGGCGUCUUCAAGGACACCUAUACGGAUCGCGAAGCCAACCACAUGUACUCGGAGUACAUGGCGGCGAAGAUCAGGGCACGCAUUGACGACCCAGAGGUGGCGGAUUCUCUCGUGCCGAAGAAUCACGGUUUCGGAUUACGACGCGUGCCCCUAGAAAGCGGAUACUUCGAGGUAUAUAAUCGACCCGACGUCAAACUGGUUGACUUAAAAAAGACGCCGAUCGAGAGGGUGAAUGCCGCGGGAAUCGAUACGCAAGAUGGCAAGCACCACGAUCUCGACAUCCUCAUCUACGCGACCGGGUUCGAUGCUAUCACGGGAUCCUUCAGAGCUAUCGACUUCCGCGGCAAGGGCGGUCGUCCGCUGCUCGGCUACAGCGAUUCAGAGAAGGGUAGUCGAGCUAUAUGGGUGGACCACAAGCCCAAGACUUUCCUCGGGAUAAUGGUGCCAGACAUGCCCAACAUGUUCAUGGUCCUUGGGCCGCACCAGCCUUUUGGCAACGGCACGCGCAGUCUCGAGAACGCCGUAAAUGUCGUGUGCGACAUGCUCCAGCACAUGUUCGAUCACGAUUACACGUACGUCGAGCCAAAGCCGGAGUCCAUUAAGGCGUGGGGUGAACACGUCGUGGACUGCAGCAAGGGGCUAUUAGGAAACGAAAUAGAUAGCUGGAUGACGGGCGUCAAUACUAACGUGAAGGGUAAGCAAGAGCGAAACAUCGCGAGAUACCUCGGCAACGUGGUCGGAUAUCGGAAAAGAUGUUCGGAUUGCGCCGAAUCGGGAUGGAAGGACCUGGCUUUUGCCUAGAUUGUGAUGUGUAAUCGCUCAAGUUCAAAAUUCGAUCUACCAGUAUAAAUCAACCUCGAUCCUCAGUAGGAUCUCUGAUCCUCGACAGUCGUCUUUGGUUUAGUAGUGUCGUAAAACCAAUAAAGAAGAAAUGAAGCUCACGGGACGAACAGGAACUACAAACUACCUAGAUUCGAAUGACAGAUAGCCCAACAGUCUACAUUGAAAACAUUAGGAGCUCCACCCAAUAAGCCUUCGGGAAGAUACAUACACGCGUGUGUCGUGACACCUCU